CUCUCUCUUCUCCCCUUCCUCCUCCCCACCUCUCCCUCCCUCCAGAGAUGGGCAGAUCAGCCGGGAAGAGAUGAUCGACUACUUCAUGAAGGCCAGUUCUCUGCUCAACUGUAAGAUUGGCUUCAUCCACACCUUCACAGAGGCCACCUACGUCAAACCCACCUUCUGUGAACACUGCGCUGGCUUUAUAUGGGGCUUCUACAAACAGGGAUACAAGUGUAAAGCGUGUGGAAUUAAUUGUCACAAGGCGUGUCGAGGUCGUCUGGCUGUGGAGUGUCGUAAACGGACCAAGAGCAUCAGCCAUGAGCAUGCCCCCUCCCUUCAGGCUCGCUCCUACAGCUUCCCGCCCCUGGCCAACACCCCACCAAACCUACAGAACACAGUGAUUGUAGAGGAAGAUCUCCAGGCAGUGGAGGAAGGUGUGUUUGAUGUCCAUCUAUAACCAGAUGAUAACCAAUAGGCAGGCCUGGCCUGAUAUGUCCCUUCAGAAGUCCUACGUACUCUGGCAUUCAUACAGCCAAACACUGCCAGGAGGAAACAACAGUGGUCGGGAGCCAGAAGCCUGCUGGGGUCUGCUCAGCAGGGUACAACGUUACAUAACGUAGAUAUAAAUGUAUCAUCUAGUACAGAUUAUGAUUGUCUGUCGUGUAAAAGAGGGAAUCGUUUCAGCUCUAUCCAUUCCAUUUCUAUCUGCAACAUUCAGACUGCCAUUAGGUAGAACAGAUAUGAUUGUCUGUCGUGUAAAAGAGGGAAUCGUUUCAGCUCUAUCCAUUCCAUUUCUAUCUGCAACAUUCAGACUGCCAUUAGGUAGAACAGAUAUGAUUGUCGGUUGUGUAGAAGAGAGAACAUUGUCCACUUUAUUCAAGACAUGUCACUCACACACAGAGCGAGAGCGAGGGAGAUGCCGCCACAUAGUGGAAAAAUACUGCAAAUGCAUACCUUACAUUUACUCAAGAUUUCAACUCCCUCAAUAUAAGUGAGUUUGUACAAAAUGUCUUUCUGUGUUAAAUCUAUAUUUUAAAAUCUGGAUGUAGGCCCAUGUUUUCAUAUCUCUUACCUAGUUUACCUAACACUGAAUAUAGAAAAUAAAAUCACAUUGGGUUUAGUGUAAUGUUAUUACCUUCGAGUCUAAGUGGUAUUUUUUAGCUAUGCAUUUAGCUAUAUGUUGUUGUUAUUAUUAUGUAUAUAUUAAUAACCUAAACGAUGUCUCUCCAAAAUAUAAGAGGUGCUGUUAUUGCCAAGAUAGAAUCCAUAGGCUACAUGCCACCUGGACUUCCAACUGCUUUCUCUGGGGAGAAAAGCUUCGCUUUGUCUGAGUAGCUUGGUAUUUUGUUUCUUUGUAAAUGUAAUGGGAGAAACUUUAAAACACACGGUGUGUUCGAUGUCAGAGAUUAAACGUUUCGGCUCCAGAACGACUGCUGCUUUCGUGGAUUGGGUAUCAAACCGCUAUCGAGCGCAACAACGGCAACAACUCAAACGGACUGUGGAACGUACAUCCUGCAUUUGAAUGCUGUUGUGUUUUUGUCGUCUUGUUUACCUGAAUAUCAAUGCUUUUCCGAUGGUAAUUUGACUGUGGUGUGUAUGCACGGUAUACUGUUGUAAUACUGUUAUGUUUCAGUGCACCCACACAGGACCUUUCCUCUCAGUAACUUUCAAUGUAGUUUGAAAUGGUGAAUGUUAUAUAUUGUCCUGAGAAUUGACAUCUAUUUUAACGUCUAUUUUAAUACGAGACAUGUAAGUCCAUUGUCUUAUCAAGCAUGCUUCAAGGGGAUCCACAUUUGCCAAAAAUGUCUGUUAAGUGUAUUUUUAAUGUCGCACGUAUAUAUAUAUAUAUAUAUAUAUAUAUAUAUAUAUAUAUAUAUAUAUAUAUAUAUAUUUUAAUGGCAACAUGAAAUCCUGUAGGCGAGAGACUCUCCCCAACGUAUUAGUUUUGGGGUCUGUAUCCUCUGAGGGAUAGUCCCACAAUGUUAGCUGUUUGUGUAUCUUUGAAUGAAGUACUUCCUCUGGCUUUCAUUAAUACAGUACAGUAUAUCCUGCUUCUUUACUUAUGUCCAAAACUAAACUGCCAGCCCUACCAUGGCAGUUUCUCCUGGACAAGGGUAUAGUUUGUUACAGUAAGGGAACUAAUGCUUUCAUCUGAUGUCAUGUUGGUAACUCUGUGGACGUGUCUCUGCUGUUUCUCAGUGUUAAAUGCAGAAUGCAUCACUCUGCUAUUUGUUUUAAGAAGGAUGCACAACAUGAUAGGACUAAUAGCACAGCAACCCAGUGACGCGC